AUGAUCCCGACUGUAGUGCCAGCGAAACGUCUAGAAGUGUACAAAGUCAUCGGUCCGAUGCUUGAAAUCAUCAUGAUUACCUUGGCAGAGGACGUAGGACAGGGUACGCUCCACAGGAUAUCUCUAUUGACCCAAAAAAUUACUGAAAACACGUCAAACCAACUCACAAGAAUCAAACGAGACUUCAAAUGA